CAGAAGGGGACAAAGACAAUGCUAUUCAAAAAGGGGAAGAGACUUUGGUAGAAAAAGGUUACAUGACAGUGAAAUUUCCCAUUUACUGUCUACACUGAUGCAGACAUGACUUCUCCAUUCCUUCCUUACCUGUUACUCUCUGGGCUAAUAGGAUUUCACUGUGACAUUACUACAGUGAGAAAGGUGUCAGUCAAGGCUGGAAGCUCCAUCUCCAUCCCAUGCCUCUAUGAGCCAUCCUAUAGAAACAAAGUGAAAUACUUGUGUAGAGGAUAUCGUUGGAGCUCUUGCUCAUAUGUUGUUAAAACAGAUACACGAGACAAUACAGGAAAGUUUUCCAUCUCUGAUGACCCAAAGCAAGAAAUCUUCACAGUGACAAUUAAUGAUUGUACGUACAAGACGGGAGAAACUUGGUACUGGUGUGCUGUGGAGAUUAACCGGGGCUUAGAUGUCAAGCAACACUUUAAGCUGUCAGUCACUGAAGAUUUGCCAAGUGUUCAUGUGGACCAACAGGAAAUCACAGCAUUCGAAGGAGGAAGUGUGACUGUUUUGUGCCACUAUAAAUACCAGAAAAAAAUGGGGUGGUGCAAGCUGGGCAGCACCUGUGUGACAAAACAGACCAGAUCAAUACAUGGAACAACAGUGACUAUAAAUAAAACGGUCCCUUAUGUUUUCAAUGUGACUAUGAGUGGAUUGAGUACAGAGAACAGUGGCUGGUACUGGUGUGACAAUGGAGACUUUCAGAUGCCGGUGCACUUAACUGUUAAUAUUGUAACCUCAUCUACAGCAGAAACAGCAGAUACCACAACAAAAGGACUUCACUUCACCAACAUUCAGGCAAACGGAGAGAGCCUGCAAGAUGAAAACAAGGGGUUUACUGAGAUGAUAAUUCUCAUCACCACCUUCAUUUUACUGCUGUUGUUAGUUGCUGCUGCCUUUUUGGGAUGGAGGAUGCUAAAACGUAAGUCCAAACCCCAGGCACCUAACAUGACCGUGGACUCACAAACUGAGAGUGAUCCUGAAGUGCUCUAUGCUAAAAUCCAGCAUAAAAAAGGUUUGGCAGGCCAAAGGAAGAACCAAAGAACUGAAGACACCGUGACAUACAGCGCCUUUGUGAUGAAGGAUCAUGUGCAACAAGCGACCGAACCAGCAGAUGGAGAUGUGAUCUACAGCACAGUGCAAAAACAGAAAUAAGAACCUGUAAUGAUCUGAAGGGAUAUAAGGACAUUUAUAUAUCAAAAUAUACCAGCGCUUCUGAAAGCGCUCAGGCCUUAAUUAGGAGCAUUUCACAUCAUCUUAGAAAAUCCAGUCAGUCAGUGUAGCAGUCUAUGUAUCAGUUGGAAAAUAAGAUACUCUCUGUCCCUGGUGGUAAAGUUUGCAAACCUGUGCAUUUACAGUUUUUAUAAUCAUAUUUUAAAGAUGUUUUUUUUUCUUCUCCUUCAAGCAAAUGCUUAAAAUCUGGACUCUAAGAAAGGAAGUUUAUAAUAUUGAGCCAAAGCAUCAAUUAAGCCAUGUGAACUAAAAGCAGUUUGGAUCAGGGCCCACUAAAACUGACCAAACAAUUCAAAUAAGUUAAACCAACCACCAAGCUAAAACCAUGCUAUCAAGGUCAAAAUUGAUUCAGGGAGACACGUGGUUCAAUCACAAAAUCAUCCCCCAGGCAUGAUUUCAAAGAAAGCAUCUGAAUGUCAAUACAAUAUCUGAUUAUAUCUUUUAUUAUGAAUAAUCUCUAAUUAUGUUUGAUUCUGUCAUACAACCCCAGCCUUAGUAGACCUUGUGGUAUAAUAAUGGCAACACUCUUCAAAUCCACAAGUGUUGAUUCAAUCAGUGAUUCAACACCAACAUCUAACAAAUGUCUUGCUACCUACAUUUUUCUGUUAUAACUGAUGUACUCUAUGUUGGUGGAGCUCUGUGAAUCUGUAUAAAGUACACAUUUAUAAUAGAACGAAGGAGAUUGCAGGCAAACCAGCAGCUGUAUACGAUUUAGAAAAUACAGCAACUUAUCGAAACCUGAUGUAGGACAUCAGUGAGCAGGACAUAGAUGCUCAGUUUACUUAAGUUUUUAACAAGUCAUUCCCCUGCUCAAUGUAAAAGUUGUCUGCAGACAAAUGGUUUUGUUGGCUACUUUAACAAACCAAGAUGCAAAAUUAAACACCUGCAAAUUUA